UUAGUUCCUAACCUUAAAUUUAUUUUCAAAACAAGAUUCCAACUUCACCACCGGAAAGGCACCUGAAGAAUGUCUCACACCGACCGAGUCGUCGUACUCGUCGACAUGGACUGUUUUUACUGUCAGGUCGAAGAGAACCUCGAUCCACAGUUGAAGGGCAAACCGCUGGCCGUCGUUCAGUACAACACUUGGAGGGGCGGAGGGAUCAUCGCCGUUAAUUAUCUGGCACGAGAGCAAGGCGUGACGAGACAUAUGAGAGGCGACGAGGCUAAACGAAAAUGCCCCCAGAUAGAAUUGGUUCAUGUUCCUUCGGUGCGAGGCAAGGCAGACUUAACUAAAUAUCGAGACGCAGGAAAGCUCGUAGCGAGUGUGCUACAGAAGUUCACGCCAUUACUCGAACGUGCCUCGGUCGACGAGGCGUACCUUGACAUCACGGACGCCGUUGCGGUACGAUCAAAUUUUGCCAAAAGCGAAAUUCAAUUGAGCCAAGUUAUCAACACGCACGUCGUCGGCUGCGAGACCUUGGAAUUUCUGUAUUCCCUAUACAAUUUCGGUCUGUGCGACGAGGCGAACUUAAAACUGGCUUACGGCGCCGUCAUCGCCGAAGAAAUUCGCGCGGCCGUGUUCCGCGAGACCGGCUACACGUGUUCGGCGGGCAUCGCGCACAACAAGAUCCUGGCGAAGCUCGCUGCAGGUUUGAACAAGCCGAAUCGGCAAACACUUUUGCCACAAGAUGGCGUCGAAUCUCUGUACAAGGAUCUGCCCGUGCGCAAAAUUCGAAGUCUAGGCGGCAAGUUUGGGGAUUCCCUCUCGGAAGACUUGGGUAUAACGACCAUGGCGGAGCUCGAGCGAUUUUCGCACAAGGAUCUGCGGAAACGGUACGACGACAAGACGGCGAGUUGGCUGUACAACAUUGCGAGGGGGAUCGAUCUGGAACCGGUAACGAUUCGUUUGGUUUCGAAGUCGAUUGGUUGUGCGAAAACCUUUCCGGGUCGAAACGCGCUAAUUAAACCGGAGUCCUUGAGGCAUUGGCUGGGAGAGCUAAGCGCCGAGUUGGUCGAGCGUUUGGAGAAGGACCUGGAGGAAAACAACCGAAGGGCGAAACAAAUGACCGUCGGGUUUACUCACGAUGACAUCUCCGCAUCGCGCGUGCACGGUUUGAGUUCGUACGACGCUAAGAAGAUCGCCGACGAUUGUUACGCCCUCGUACAGAAGCACUGCGUAAAAGCCGACGGUACCUUUUGCGUAACAAAUUUGUCCAUCAACGCGGGAAAGUUCGAAGACUGUCGAAAUGUCACCGCGAUCACUUCCUUCUUUAAAUCGAAGACCGUCGAGACGAGCGACUACUCCGACGAAACCAUCGAUUUAAACGAAGACACUUCGAAACUGUCAUUUUAUAAAGAAGCAGACGCUUCCAACGAUUCGAUAACGACCGAGAUACGAACGCUCGAGGAGGACGAGGCGAAAGGAUCGUUUUUCCUGCAGUACUUCGAGGAUAUGAAGAAUUCGAAGAAACGCGAAAGUCCGGUUCUGCGCGACUUCGACACCUCGCGAAAUUUAGAAGACGACGACGCGCCGAGCACCAGUAACGGAACCGAGAUUUGCGACGAGUGCAAUCGGAAAGUUUCGAUCGCCGAAAUGACCUCGCACAAGGACCAUCACCUCGCCCUACAGAUCGCCAAAGAGGAGAAGCUCGCGCGCUUGCCCACGAUUACGAUCAAGGGCAAGGAGAACGCGAAGUCGAAGAAACGCAAAUCGUCCGACGCCGGCACCUUGACAAAAUUCCUGCAAAGUGCGGCGAUCCUGCCCGAGGAUGAGUCAGAGGUGUGUCCGCAGUGCCAGAAGCGAAUCGGGCGAAACGAUCUCGCCGCUCAUCUCGACUAUCACCUCGCGAGAGAGCUGCACAGGGAAAUAAACCAAAUUAAAUCGUGCUCGUCGGAAACGGCCCAGAGAAGUUCCAAGAAGACUAAAACGACAAAAGCGGCGACAAAAAAUACGCGGAGUGUCAUAAGUUUUUUUAAACCGAACUAAACGUUUUUAUUCAUUUUUUUUAUUUUUGUACAGCACGUCUUUGUUAAUUAAAGUUUUAUUAUUUAGUA